GAGGCAUGGGAAGUAUUGUGACUGAUGGAUGGAGUGAGGUGUACCUGCCAGGCCUGAUAAGUGUUGAAUUAUAAUGGAAUGCUGCUUGGAAAUAUUACAAUUGGGGUGCCUCUUGCAGAGAAGGGAUUCCUACCUGCUUGUUCUCGGUGUACAAUUUCGGCAUCUGUCAAGAUGAAUGAAUUCCUGCACAUGCACAGAAGUGACCUCAUCCCGACCCUGCCAAUCAAAACAGCCAGAGCCCAGAAGAAGAGAGAUUGAACACGUCAGUGGGUGGCAAAGGGCUGCAUUCCUGGAGUGGAGGUUCUUCAGCUCCAACAUUCAAAUGGAAGACUCGCUGCAUAAAAUGGUGAUAACGGCGGCGGCUGUUUAUAAGAACAGAAAAGCUGUAUGUUUCCAAACGUACGAUGGGCCACCUACAUUCUACACCUAUGGGGAGAUGAUGCAGCUAGCAGAAGAGCUUACUUGUUUCCUUAAAUCUCUGCUUAAUGGUUUGCAAAAUUGUGUGAUUGGGCUCUUCUGUCAACCAGGUAUACAGCUGCCGUCAUGGAUUUUAGGGAUUCUCCAGGUCCCAGCUGCCUAUUGUCCUGUAGACCCUGGUGCCCCAUCCAAUUUCAUAUCUUCACUCGCAGAACGAUGUAAAAUUCGCUACAUGUUGGUGGAAAACAACAAAGCUGGAGUCUUCAGACAACUCUUCCCGAAUUGGCUCGAAAGAGAUUCCUCAAAGGUUCAGCAUCUGAACAUCACAAUUUUUGAGGCUCUGCAAAGAGAGAAAGUAAAUGAUAAAGAUACAAGAAUUGAAGAUGACCGUGGUCAGACUUACAGUGCCCUGCACCCUCCUCCGAGACAGCUGUGUGAUGAGUACUUAGACAGAGAGCGAUAUUGCCUGGCAUAUGUUUUGCACACCUCUGGAACCACCGGCAACCCUAAAAUAGUCAGUGUACCUCACUGCUGCAUUGUACCAAACAUUCAGCAUCUUGGAUCCAUCUUCGGUAUGUCACCAGAUGAUCUUGUGUUUCUUGCUUCGCCUCUGACCUUUGACCCAUCUGUUAUCGAAAUGUUUCUUGCGUUGUCCUCUGGAGCCUGUCUACUAAUUGUGCCAGAGCAUCUUAAAAUGAUGCCCAGAAAACUGUUCCAUAUAUUGUUCCAGCAGCAUAGAGUUACAGUGCUCCAGGUGACGCCAACCUUAUUGAAAAGAUUUAGCUGUGACUCUACUCAGUCCUCAGUGUUAUCCAAAGAAACAUCCCUUAGAGUGUUGGCUCUUGGAGGGGAGCAAUUCCCACCUGUCAGCGUCCUGAGACAUUGGAUGGAGCCUGGAAAUAGGACACGUCUCUUCAACCUUUAUGGCAUAACAGAAGUGUCUAGCUGGGCCACUUGCUAUGAGGUUCCAGAAUCUCUUCUUAACUCAAAUGCACGAAGUGAUCCACCAGUACCUUUGGGCAGGUCACUGUGUGAAACGAUAGUAGAAGUCCGAAAUGAGGAUAACAACAGGAUUGAAGAAGGGGAAGGGCAAGUUUUCCUAGGAGGGAACCAGAGGGUCUGCUUUAUAGACGAUGAAUGUAUUCUGCCCUGUGGAACGAUGAGAAGUACUGGGGACUGGGUGAGGUUACAAGAUGGGAACAUGUACUAUAUAGGACGGAAGGACAACCAGUUCAAGCGUCAUGGCAAGAGGCUUAAUACUGAGUAUAUACAGCAGGUAGUAGAAGAACUUGAACCAGUGGAGGCAUGUGCAGUCAUGUGGUCUAAAGCUGAACAACUUAUCCUUUUUAUUGUACCAAGAGGGUCUGUAGACAAGCAAGCCCUAUGGAGAGCAGUGGAGUCAAAUCUUCUUAGCCAUGCAGUGCCUGAUGACCUCAUUCUGAUAGACACACUACCUCUUACAAAACAUGGUAAAUUGGACCACUCACGUUUAAGUCUAUUGUAUGAUGAUCACGUGACGGAAAAUGGGAGUAAACCCAAAUCCCGAACAGGACAUGAUUUCUGGAAGAGCUUGCAGACUCUGUGGAAGGCCAGUCUUGGAUUUCCUGAAGAUGUUCCAGAUGUUGCUGAAGACUCUUUGUUUCUGCUCAGUGGUGGAGACUCUUUAAAGGCCAUAAAAUUUCAUGAAAAUGUAGAGGAUUUGGUUGGUAAACCUGUGCCAGGACUUCUAGAAGUGAUCCUCAAUGAUACCAUUGUGGCUGUUUGCAGGCAUGUCAUUGGAUCUAUAUGCCCAGAAACCGAUGAGGAUAAAUCCAAGGUACAUGUAACCGAGAUGGAGAGCAGUGACGUUAUUGGGGAUACAAGCACCAAGUACCAUAGAAAAAGAAAAGCAGAUUUUCUCAGCACUUCACCAGCAGACUUGACUUCUCUCCUAUCACUGAGCAAAGGUAGCCAGUGCUUUAAACACAAAUGUUCAUACACUGAACCAGCUGGACAGCAGUGUCGGGUAAUAUCGGGACCCAUCCAGGACCUAGCUUUAUUGGAGUUCUUCAGUCCAGCCCACAAACAGUCAAAGGCCUUCCUAUCCAGUACAUGGACAUUGUCUCUGAGGCAACGAUGGGCAUCUGAUACAAGUAAAUGUGUUGAUGCAUCUCCUCUCCUCGUCUUGUCAUCCAGUGAAGACUCCACAGUGACUGUAUACAUUGGGUCCCACUCACACAGAAUGCAAGCUCUAGAUCUGCUCACUGGGACAGUCAAAUGGGAAAGAAUACUGGGAGAUCGUAUUGAAUCCUCUGCUGCACUAUCUGCAUGUGGAAACUAUAUUAUUGUUGGUUGCUAUGAUGGCGGUGUUUAUGUACUGAAGAGAAGUGAUGGGGCAACACACUGGGUAUUCAGUACUGGGGAUGCUGUGAAGAGUUCUCCUGCCGUUGAUCCUGUGUGCGGUCUUGUAUAUAUUGGGUCACAUGACCAGCAUUUAUAUGCUUUAGACAUUGAAGCAAAGCAGUGUGUCUGGAAGUCUCACUGUCAGGCUUCUGCUGUGUUUUCUUCUCCUUGUAUAAACCUGGACCCUCAUCAUUUGUAUGUUGCCACCUUGGGAGGUCUGGUGCUCGCCAUCAAUCCAAGCACAGGAAAGCCUCUGUGGAAGAAUGACCUUGGGAAACCUGUGUUUUCCUCACUGCGGUGCAGCGACAAGCAUGUGUUCUUUGGCUGCGUGGAUGCAACGUUUUAUUGUCUUAGUCACUGGGGAGAAAAGUUGUGGCAGUUUUCCACGGACGGACCCAUUUUUUCCUCACCGUGUGUCUCCACUGUGUCCAAGCAUGUCAUGUUUGGCUCGCAUGAUGGCUUCAUUUAUUGCUGCAGCACGGAGGGGGAAUUACUCUGGAAACAUAAAGCCAAUUCACGAGUAUACGCCACACCAUUUGUGUUUCCCAACCCACACAGUGAGAACACAGAGCUCCUGGCAGCUGCCUCUACAGAUGGAAGCUUAUCUAUACUGGAUGCUCACUCCGGACUUCUGAUCAGUCAAUGUACGUUAGAGGGGGAGAUCUUCUCUUCUCCGGUGGUGUGCCUGGACCAGCUGGUCGUAGGCUGCAGAGACAACUAUGUGUAUUGCUUUGAUCUGAUAAGUAGUAUGAAACAAAAUGGAGAUAUAGAAUUAUUAGCCACGACUUCUAGCAGUGUUACUUAAGGUGCCCAUAGAAGAUUAAUUACAUUGUUUAGGAAUAGGUGAAAAUAACACAAGAGAGUCUUCAAUAUUGACUGGGUCUGAUAGAACAUUUGUUCAUACAUUAACUCCAUCGGAUGGUAAAAGGUUCCCACCCAGCCCCCUAUGUAUCCGGAUCUGGUUGUCAGUCACUGAAGGAUCCAAUGACCAGGUCUGUUAAAGAUCCAGGUAUAUGGGUGUGAGGGAAAGUUUGUUUAACCACUUAAGGACCAAGCCUCUUUCUGAGAUUUGGUGUUUACAAGUUUAAAAACGGUUAUCUU